UGCACAUGAAUUCCAUCACUCACUCUCAGAGCACUUCGAUCUUGAUCUUUAACCACAGCCAACCCAGACUCAAGAUGCCCUUCAAGCCACACUACUUGUUGGUCGUACUGACUCUCUGCUGCGUUGCUGCUCUUCACGCGUUUCCUAUGGGCGGCUUCGCUCCUCGUCUGACGUGUCGUUGCAUCCGGACGUCCCCUGCCUUCAUCUCUCCCACCAGGUUUCACAAGUUGGAGGUCUUACCUGCAGGAGCCCACUGUAGUCGCAUGGAGAUGAUCGUUACCAAGAAGGACAAGACCAUCGUCUGUGUGAAUCCAGAGGCAAAAUGGAUCAAAAAAGUAAUUGCCCGGUUACAAAGUAACAACAAGAGAAGUGCAGGUGUCCCCAUCUCAACCACGACGGACGGCAUCAACAUGAUAGUGGAACAGCUACAGUAACACCAUGCAGGUGUCCCCAUCUCAACAUGAUAGUGGAACAGCUACAGUAAACGGUCAUCAUCAUCACAAGAUUCAAUCUGGAGCAAAAUGGAAUGAACACAACACAAGUUUACCAAUGCAUUCAAUUGUAAUAUUGUAAUACCAAAUUAUUUAAUUUCUCUGAAAUGAUCUCUGUACGUAUUAUUUCAUGUCCUUAUAAUGUAUCGUCUCCAACCAGAGAAAUAAAGAUGGACAAAACAUA